AUUCGGAGCCCGGGGCUGUGGACGCGCACUGCCUCGUGGCCGCGCACGUUCCAUUCGAAUAUUAGAAACGGAGACGAGCACGUGCGCGUACCCGUAUUCUUUGUGUGGUAGCGUAGAGAAGCGCCAAAAGAGCCAUGGCUGAUGAAAAACCAAAGGAAGCAGUGAAGACAGAAAGCAAUGAACACAUAAACCUGAAGGUGGCAGGUCAGGAUAGCUCUAUAGUGCAGUUCAAGAUCAAAAGACACACACCGCUCAUCAAACUCAUGAAGGCCUACUGCGAUAGACAGGGACUUUCAAUGAGGCAAAUCAGAUUCAGAUUUGAUGGACAGCCAAUAAAUGAGACGGACACACCAUCGCAGUUGGAAAUGGAAGAUGAAGAUACAAUUGAUGUGUUUCAACAACAGACGGGAGGCCUCAUUUAAUCCACCACAUUCUUCACCAUUUUCCACAACAACUGCUUCUUUGCAGCUUGUCCCGUUGUCCCAACAGAUUUCCAUGCAGAAGAAGUUGUCCUUUCUGCUACACAAAACUGUUGUAUAGUAUUUUCAAACUUGCCCUUGCUACAUUUAUGUUUCUGUACAUAAACAACACCCAGGUCUUGCUUGUUCAUGCUUUGUAGUGGACAAUGUUAGGGACUUCCUCUUGCAAGGCGACAGACAGAAUUAGACUAAAUACAACUGACUUUAUUGAUUAAAUGUUAUUGGGCUAGGCUUGGUUAGUUCCCAGAGAAUUUAUUCUCAAACUCUACUACUUUGGGACUGGCUGUCACUUGGGGAACAGUGUACCUAGUUUGGGAAUGGGGAUGCAUUAUCAUUUGGUUUCUGUUAUCUCAGAAAAACUAUUAGAUUUUUUAAAUGUUUUUAUAGUAGUGAAUGUGUAUAAAAAUGUUUGAUUAAUCGUUUGACAAGGCCAACAUUCACAUAUUGGGAAGCCUCAAGAGGUGUCUCAGUGAAAUAAACAUCUGUAUUCUCUAAUAAUAUGCCUGUCAAAAUAAAAAUGUUGUCUUUUUCCAAACAUCUACUUAUUUUGUCUGCCUGAAAAAUAAAAAUCAUACAUUUGUUUCCUAA